AUUAGGAAAAAAAAACAUAUUUAUUCAUUGAAACUAAUGAUUAUUUGACUAAUCAAUGUGAAAUCAUUACUACAGCAGAUAAUUAGCAUCAAGAAAACAGUAAAUCAGUCACAUCUUUAAUUUAACAAGAAUCGGUUAUGGGACCACAAGUCAAAUUAGUUUUGGAUGCAUAUGUGUGAGAGGUGAACUGGACCUAAAUUUCAGGCUUCCCUCCAUUAAAAUAGUGGUUGCCUGGUUGGAAAAAUACAUACAGACAAAAUAAUUUAAUUGUCACUUUUUGUUUCAUUAAUCUCAAAAUUAUCUAAAUAACAUGCACUCCAUACAUAUUUACCUCACGUCCUGUCCACUUUCUUCUAUCACCAUGUGCUUUUUCCCUCAUAGUCAAAGAGUGAUUGUAUAAGAUUCCCAUCCAGCUUCACUAGACUUGGUCAUCAGUGGCCCAAUUAUUAUUUAAUAGCUAUCUAUAUUUAUAUAUAUACAUAUAAGCUUAGAUCUGCGAAUAAUAUAUUAGUCUUGAUUCUAGACCCAAUUUGGCUCGAAGUCAUGCAUGUGUAUUCUAACAAGGUUUGCCUCAAUCCACCAAUAUUAAAGUUAGAACUUCAUUUGAACAAUCUAGGCACCUUCUCCAUGCAUAUUUAAACUAAACAUAUCAAAUACUAGUUCCAUGAAAACCAAUUAAGAGCAAGUUACCACACUACUUGAUGAAAAUUACUAGCCAAAUCUGACACAUUGAUUAUAGUUGUAUCACUAAAUAGUCUCAUAGCAAAUUAGAGUAAAAAUAUCAUGUGUUAAAUGUAUGACGUGGAUGAGAUAUAAUUACUAGGAUUCUUAGAUUCCCUCUUUGAAGUAGUAAUGUAAUAUUAACUCUCUUCAAAGAUGAGACUAGUCAAAGGCAUCUCUAAAUGCAUAAUACAAUAUUGAGUUUACAAGUCAAAUCUAAGAUGAGAGUUAAUAAAAGUUGUCCCACAUGGCAUUGGGCUUCCUGCAUUUUCCUUGUUUUCAAUUACCCAAGUUGAUCAUUGUCAGCAGACUCAGCGCCCCUAGGUAAAAUUGUCUAGCUAUAUAAGAAGAUGAAGACAAUGUGUUUUAAAACCAAAAGACACGCUUAGAUAGCUAGUGAAGAUGAGUAAGAAGAUAGGAGAGGGAGCCUUCAUGGCUUCCCUCAUCCCUACCAUUCUAAUACUUGUCAUCUCUCUUAGCCUUCCUCUUGAAACUCAGGCAAACUACUUCUAUGGUUUCAGUCCUCCACCACCCAUCAAACACUACCAGUACACCUCACCACCACCACCACCUCUUCAUGUUUACAAGUAUGCUUCACCACCACCACCGGAUCCAGUUUAUAAGUAUAAUUCACCUCCACCACCUUAUCAUUGGUCCUACAAGUAUGCAUCGCCACCGCCUCCUCAUCAUCCAGCUUACAAGUACAAAUCACCUCCACCUCCUCAACAUUGGUUCUACAAGUAUAAAUCGCCACCACCACCUACUCAUCCAAUUUACAAGUAUAAAUCACCACCACCACCAUCUCAUGAUCCAGUCUACAAAUAUCAAUCACCACCACCGCCACACCACCCAGUCUACAAGUAUAAAUCACCACCACCUCCUUAUUAUCCAGCUUACAAAUAUAAAUCACCACCCCCUCCUCAUCACCCAGUCUACAAAUAUAAAUCACCACCACCACCAUCUCAUGAUCCAGUCUACAAAUAUAAAUCACCACCACCUCCUCACCACUCAGUUUACAAGUAUAAAUCACCACCACCUCCUCACCACCCAGUAUACAAGUAUAAAUCACCACUACCACCAUCUCAUGAUCCAAUCUACAAAUACAAAUCACCACCACCACCUCACCACCGGGUUUAUAAGUAUAAAUCACCUCCACCUCCUCAUCAUCCAGUUUAUAAGUAUAAAUCACCCCCGCCUCCUCACCACCCAAUCUACAAGUAUAGAUCACCACCACCUCCAUCUCAUGAUCCAGUCUACAAAUAUAAAUCGCCACCACCACCUCGCCAUCCAGUUUACAAACAUAAAUCACCUCCACCUCCUCACCAUCCGGUUUACAAAUAUAAAUCACCUCCACCUCCUCACCACCCAGUCUACAAGUAUAAAUCACCACCACCGCCAUCUCAUGAUCCAGUCUACAAGUAUCAAUCACCACCACCGCCACGCCACCACCCAAUUUACAAGUAUAAAUCACCUCCGCCUCCCUAUCAUCCAGGUUACAAAUAUAAAUCACCACCACCUCCUCAUCACCCAGUCUACAAAUAUAAAUCACCACCACCACCAUCUCAUGAUCCAGUCUACAAAUAUAAAUCACCACCACCGCCUCUCCAUCACCCAAUCUACAAGUAUAAAUCACCACCACCUCCAUACAAAUACAUAUCACCUCCUCCUCCUACUCCCAUUUACAAAUAUAAAUCACCUCCACCUCCCACUCCAAUUUACAAGUACAAUUCACCGCCUCCUCCUAUCCCAGUCUAUAAGUACAAAUCACCACCACCUCCUCCACCACCAAUCUACAAGUAUACAUCUCCACCACCCCCAAUCUACAAGUACAAGUCACCGCCGCCACCAAUCUACAAGUACACUUCUCCUCCUCCUCCUCCUCCUCCUCAUCACUACUAACAAGAAAUGCAACAAGAGUGUAGACCACAAGGUUCUUAUAGCUAUAACACAAUGCAUUUAUUUAAAGUUACCUUUGCUGCUAUAUUGUGAAGACUGUGGGUGAUGAUGAUGCAUCAGUAAUGAAUAAAUUUGUCCUUUAUUUUUUCAUGUUCACUUUAAAAGCAUGUGGCUCUGAUGGCUUUUCCUAAGUUGUGCCCUUUUUCUAAUUUUCAAAUAUAUAAAUUGGUAUCGUCUGAAAACUCCAAAACACAUGUAUUCUCUCACCAAAUCACUACCUUCAAACAAAUUGUGGGAAACGAAAUUAAGAAUUGCAAAAUGAUCACAAACUUACAAAACGAAAGUGAGGAAUGUGUCAAAAAACUAAUCCAAAAACCAUAAAAAAGAAAACCUCACUGUAAUUUGUGAUUCUACACCAAAUUCUAAAUGCCCUAAUACCUUAUUCGAUCACCGAGACUAAUAAAAAAACACAAAAUCCAGCAAUUGGGAAGAGAUGGACAUGGAUAACAAUCAUCCAUGUUUUCAUUGUUGGUUCAUACCAGCAUGAUAUUUCAUGGAAAACAAAGGAAACAAA